AUGGCGAAGUUGCAGGCGGCGACGGUGUCUCGAGUGCCCGUCAAUCGAAAGCGAAAGCGGCAACCCAACGACGCUGAAGCGCAGUCAACUGACGCUGAUUCGGUUGCCACUACAUCGACAACGGCUACGGUUCCGACGAAAGGGCACGAUGGGGGCGCAAAGCCUAGGCGGACCAAGGCAUCCUCAAAGCCAGCAGUGCUGCGGCGGAGUUCCUCCUCUAACCUCGUUGAAACGGAGAUCGAGUGGCCAGAGCACUUCAAAUACCUAUCUCAACUACACCGCGCCUUGAAUCUAGUCUACACAUUUUGCUGCACCAGGAAGCACUUCGCGACGACAUGGGACAAUAUCAAGGCUGCGGUGGAAGGACAUAUCAAGCGGCCGCUGGUGGAGGACGAUGUGGCGCAGGUGAAGGCUUUGGUACCUCGAGCCAUCAACUUUGCAUACGUGGACGAAGAACACCUGCUCGUCACACUGAUGGGUGAAGAAGACGGUGUCAAGGGUGGCAGGGCAGAACACUUUCGAUCGCUCCAAGAGGAUGAGAGCGGGCCAAAAGACCCUCCGGGAGAAGCCAAGGAGCUGCUUUUGUUUGAAUUCAUUGAUGGCGAUCUGAAGAGACAGGUCAUUGAUCCCAAGACAGGGCAGCCGACCAAAGCCACGAACAAGUUACGCAACGAAGACCUCAAGAUGCCUGUGUUCAGCCAGAAGUCCAUGCUGAGGCUCAUCGAGAAGCGCAACGUCAAAUUCACCUCGGCUAUUAAUUCAUUUCUCAAUCAGUGUGCUGAAGAGCAAAAGGACGCGGUCGAAAAGAUUAUGGAAAUGAAACAACAAUACAUUCCUUAUCCCUCCGCAUCUCACCACGAAACCCCAGCUCCACAAGUUGAAGGUUUGCCCAAGGUGAUCCCGAAAGAACGAAGAUCCAUUUCCGACAUCGUCAAGGAGAUCAGCGAGUUGGAGUGGUAUACGCACCAGAUUGUGCCAGAUGGACAUCGCGUCUUUGAUCCCCAGCCUGCGAUAUACGGCGAUCUGAGCUUCCCGCUGUCCCAGAACUUAGUCAACGCGUUAUACAACUGCAAGAACAUCACCAAGCUUUAUUCUCACCAAGCGGAAGCAAUCAACAACCUGCAUGAUGGCCACCAUGUUAUCGUGUCCACGUCAACCAGCUCAGGAAAGUCGCUGAUAUACCAGAUCCCAAUGCUUCACGAACUCGAGAAGGACCCCGAAAGUCGAGGCAUGUAUAUUUUCCCGACCAAGGCACUCGCCCAGGAUCAAAGGAGAAGUAUGAAAGAGCUACUGAAGUACAUUCCUGGCUUGGAGCACACCAUUGUCGAAACCUUCGAUGGCGAUACCCCGAUGAGGGAACGCAAUCAGAUCCGGGAUGAAGGUCGAAUCAUCUUCACGAAUCCCGACAUGUUGCACAUCACAAUACUGCCGCAGGAGAGCGGGUGGAGAACAUUCCUCCAGAACCUGAAGUACGUCGUCGUUGACGAACUGCACGUGUACAAUGGCCUCUUCGGCGCCCAUGUAGCAUUCAUCAUGCGUCGGUUGCGGCGAAUAUGUGCCGCGGUGGGAAACCGCAAGGUGAAAUUCAUCUCUUGUUCCGCCACAGUGGCGAACCCACAAGAACACAUGAAGACGAUAUUCGGCGUCGAUAAAGUCAAGCUGACGGAUUUUGACGGGUCGCCGUCCGGUCGCAAGGAGUUCAUCUGCUGGAAUACACCGUACAAGGACCCAGGUGACCAAUCCUCGGGGCGAGGCGACGCCUUUGCCGAGACCGCACGGCUGAUCUGUCAGCUCAUCUUACGCGGUGUUCGAACCAUUGCAUUCUGUCGCGUGCGGAAGCAGUGCGAAGUCCUGCUGGCAGCAGUCAAGGCCGAAUUCACCAACCUCGAGAGACCAGAAUGUGCCGCACUGGUCAUGGGAUAUCGAGGCGGCUACUCAGCCCAGGACCGCCGGCGCAUCGAAUCAGAGAUGUUCAGCGGCAGGCUCAUGGGCAUCAUCGCCACUACCGCGCUCGAACUAGGCGUGGACAUUGGCUCCCUCGACGCCGUCGUCACGAUGGGGUUUCCAUACACGAUUGCUAACCUGCGACAACAAAGCGGUCGAGCUGGGCGCCGAAAUCGCGAUUCACUUUCGGUACUGGUCGGCGACGCGUUCGCCGUGGAUCAAUACUACAUGCAAAACCCAGACGAGAUCUUCACCAAACCUAACUGCGAAUUGCAGGUCGACCUGACCAACGAACUUGUCGUGGAGGGACACAUCCAAUGCGCCGCGUUCGAAAUGCCUAUCAAACCUGACGAAGACGAAAAGUACCUGGGGAAAAUGGUGACGGAAAUAUGCGCGGACCGACUAACGUACGACCCGAUGGGGUUUUACCACUGCAAUGCGCGGUUUCGACCUUUGCCGUCCCGAUGCGUGGCAAUCAGGGAUACCGAAGAGGAUCACUUUGCAGUCAUUGACAUCACGCACGGCCGAAACAUCGUGCUCGAGGAAGUGGAAGCGUCGCGGGCCUUCUUCACGCUCUACGACGGCGGCAUCUUCCUGCACCAAGGCCGAACAUACAUGGUCAAGGAAUUCUCGCCGGAACGCAAGAUGGCACGGGUGCAGCUCGUCAAAGUCGACUGGACAACGCAGCAGCGCGACUACACCGACGUGGACCCCAUCGAGACGGAACAAGUCCGGCGCGUCUCCGCCACGUCUCUGACAAAGGCAUAUUUCGGACGCAUCAAGGUGCACGCCGUAGUAUUCGGGUUCUUCAAGGUGGACCAGAAGCGUCGCAUCCUAGACGCCGUGGCCGUGGACAACCCGCCUAUCAUCAUCCACUCCAAGGGCCUGUGGCUCGACGUGCCCAAAUACGCGCUCCAAAUCUUGCAACGCAAGCGCCUGAACCUUGCGGCGGGAAUCCACGCCGCGGAACACGCCCUCAUGAGUCUGAUGCCGCAGUUCGUGGUCAGCAUGCCCGGCGACGUGCGCACCGAGUGCAAGAACGCGCUGAAGGAGUUUGCCAAGAAGGAGACGCAGCGCAAACGGCCUGCGAGACUGACGUUCUAUGAUGCGAAAGGUGGCCCCGCCGGCAGUGGGAUCGCGGCCAAGGCGUUUGAAUUCAUCGAUAGCUUGCUCGAGCGGGCGGUCCGGCGGGUCGCGGCCUGUCAUUGUCUCGAGGGCUGCACCGAGUGUAUUUGCGAUGAGCGAUGCAAGGAGAAGAACAUGAUCAUGAGUAAAGCCGGGGCGGAGGUGAUCUUGAAGAGUCUGCUGGGGAUGGAGAUCGAUGUCGAUGCUUUGCCUGAGGGCGAGGAGGAGCGCGUGCCUGCUGGGGUUGAGACCAUUGUGUUCGCGACCGAGGUUAUGGGCCGGGAUGGGCGGAGGGUCGUUGAACGGGAGGCUGGGUUCGUGAAGAAGGAGAAGAAUGACGAGGACGCGAUUGUCAUCAAGGAUGAAGAGGAUGGUUAG